UCUUUUCUGCAUGUCCGGCUUUCUCCUUCUCUGCCGCCCAUGCGUCUCCUCUGCCGCGCCACCGCAUUCGCUCCUCCUCUCCACAUGGACCCUGAAAUCUGCAUGAAGCUCGCGCCGUCUUUUCCGCAUGCGGUGCGCCUGGGUGCUCGCCUUGUCCUCGACCAGGCCCGUCUCUGAUCCUCUGGUCCGGGGGGGCUGGUGCCCGCAGAGAGGCAGGAUGGUGCGGAUAGCCAGCGCGCUGGGGCUCGUCAUGUUCAGCGUGGCGCUGCUCAUCCUGUCGCUCAUCAGCUACGUGUCCAUUAAGAAGGACUUCCUGCUCAGCACCCCCAGAUACGGACCUAAUGGAGGGUCCAGGCUGUCCAUGUUCCACACAGGGUUUCGCUCCCAGCUGGCGUUGAAGUACCUGGAUCCAGCGUUCAGCCCGCUGACCAGCUCGCUCAGUGAGGAUCUACAAAACUCCUCCAAAUGGAGCUACAACAGCUCUGCUUUCAUAAGUCUACGAAAGGAGAUUGCUCAGUAUAUCGACAUCCCUCACAACUUCUCCCUGACUCGAGGCGCAGUCCGAAUCGGACAGCUGAUGCAUUACGACUACUCCAGUCACAAGUACGUCUUCUCCAUUGGUGAGAACUUCCGCUCACUGCUCCCUGAAGUCUCUCCAAUCCUCAACAAGCACUAUAAUGUCUGCGCUGUGGUCGGAAACAGUGGCAUUCUCACCGGCUCACGCUGUGGCCCCCUGAUUGACAAGUUUGACUUUGUCUUCCGCUGCAACUUUGCACCGACGGAGGUGUUCAAGAAGGAUGUUGGGCGGCGGACGAACAUGACGACCUUUAACCCCAGCAUCCUGGAGAAAUACUACAAUAAUCUACUGACUGUGCAGGACAGGAACAACUUCUUCCUGAGUCUGAAGAGACUAGAUGGAGCAAUCCUGUGGAUCCCGGCGUUCUUCUUUCACACGUCGGCCACAGUGACGAGGACGCUGGUCGACUUUUUCGUGGAACAUCGAGGACAGCUGAAGGUACAGCUGGCAUGGCCUGGGAACAUCAUGCAGUUCAUCAACAACUACUGGAAAACCAAGCAGCUUUCCCCAAAACGCCUGAGCACCGGUAUCCUGAUGUACACGCUUGCAUCCUCCAUGUGCAACCAGAUCCACUUGUUUGGCUUUUGGCCCUUCGGCUGGGACCCCAACACGGGUAAAGAGCUGCCCUACCAUUACUAUGACAAAAAGGGCACCAAGUUCACCACCAAAUGGCAGGAGUCCCACCAGCUGCCUGCUGAGUUCAAACUGCUCUACAAGAUGCACACAGAGGGACUGCUGAAGCUGUCGCUAUCGCACUGCGCUUAGACCUGAAACUGCUGCAACAACAGGGCUUCUUUAGACUCACCUGGAGCUUUUCGAAAGCCAAGACCAGGGAGGAUUCAUGCGAUUUUGCCAAAAGCUAAAAGGCUGUAUCUAAGGCUGAUGGGUUCUUCAGCUGUUUUGGA